GAACCCCACCACCUGUUCGGCGGUCGGCGCCGCCUGGGCUGCGAUUUCCAGGUUGAUGAGCGCACUUGGCAACAGCUGCACCAACCAGCGUACAGAUACACUACCGCCUUUCACCGGAAUUUCCGUGCCUUAGGUGCUGGAGAGAGCACAGCAGCCCGCUCAAUCAGAAGAUCCGCGGCGCAUUUGAAGGAAUUGUGUUUCUGGUCUGUCCUGCCGCCGAUUUGCGUCCCAACACUUAGCGCUUCGGUUCUCGGGCCCAGCCUUUCCCGUUAUACAUACAUAAACCAUACUGAUCCCACCAUUGCCGUCCCUGGGAUGCCGGCCCUUUUACCUCGCCUCGCAUCAUCUCAUUUGCUCGGCUUAAAACCAUCCAUUCCGGUUUAUUAGAGUUUUUGUCGAGUCCUUACCUUCAUACAAUGCCUACUAUCCGCAACCCCUUUGCGCGCCGAACGGGCCCCGCCAUUCACGACGAGAAUCAGCGGCCUGGCUCCGCCGCCGGUAACCCCGGGGCAGGGCACCCCGGAUUCCAGAGGGUGGACACGGUCGGGUCCAAGGCAUCGUCGUUGGCGUUCAGCAUUCGCAGCAGGAAGAGCCAGGAUAAUGGGGAAUACAAGCUAAGUGUUGUGAAUGACAGCGGGGUUUACCUACCGCCGUCCCCGAUCGAAAGGGAAGUGCCAUGGCCCCGGCGGUACAUGUCGCGCACCUCCAGCGAUAAGAGCAGCGUCGGCAGCGGCGAGAUCGAGCACUUCCCCAUCUCGCGCGAGUCGUUCGACUCGUACAGGCGGUCAUUUGACAUCUGCGCCAGGAGCCCCGUCGUCAUGACAGACCCCCUUCCUGCGCGGCAGAGCCUCGACUCCAACCGCUUCCCUUUCCCGACGCCGCAGUCGGCGCGCUUCCCGAGAUCGUCGCUCAGCAGGCGGCCGGAGGAGGAUGAGAGGAUGGACGAGAAGUUUGAGGAAGUCGGGUUGGACGACGACACGAAGCAAUCCUUGUCGGAGAAGUCCGACCAGCAACCGAAGAAGAGAGGAUUUUUCUUUACCAAGUUCAAUUCGGACAGCCCCAGUACUGCGGAGGAAACUGGGGGUACCGCCAUGUCGAGGUUCUUGCCCUUGCCCGGGCGAAAGAGGGAGCAGAGUGCUGGGCAAGGGGCCGAGCUAGGUAUCAUGCCUGUUGCUGGGUCGGACAGGACAAAGAGGAUAGAGACCUCGGUGGCGGGGUUGCAGGCGCAAGAGGUCUAGGGCCAUGCAGCGCGUCGUUGCGUGGGUUGCAUCGCUCUAGGCGGUAUAUCACAGUUCUGGGAUAGUAUUUUUGUCAGUUGGGGGGGUUACAAUUUUCGAAAGGGCGUCUGGGUGUGGCUGCGGCACCUUCAAUCG